CCAGCUUGUCUCUGUUUCUAGCCGAGACCAAAUAGCGUCGCACCGGGUGUAACCAGCGAGCUAACGUUAGGCUAGUUAGAUGUAGCCCGCUAGCUUGUAGAUUCCUGUCGGCGUACGCAGCUGGAGAAUAAACACCGCAGACACGACUAUCGAGACACACCGGCGACCGUCGUUGGCGUCACUUUAUCGCACGGUCAACCCGCUGUCGUCGUCGCCGUCUUUGGUUUGGUGGUUUUUCAUCACUAGCUUGUCCCGUGUCGGUCGGAGUUAGCCCUCCUCAGCUAGCCUGGCACAGCAGCGUAUGGGUGUCAAAGUUAGCCGUGACUUCUUCCCCGGGCGUCUCGCUGCCUGAGCUCUCACAUUUCGGACACGUCAAGGUUCCUUCAAAUCUGUCUCUUGGUUUUUGGGGGCUGUAAUGUCGGAGCCCAAGACCCCCACUCCUGCUGGCGACACGUAUAAAGGAUGGGUGUUCAAGUGGACAAACUAUAUCAAGGGAUAUCAGCGGAGGUGGUUUGUCCUGAGCAAUGGGCUGUUGUCAUAUUACAGGACCCAGGCAGAGAUGGGCCACACAUGUCGAGGCACAAUCAACUUGGCCACGGCGACUAUCACCGUAGACGACGCCUGCAACUUUGUCAUCUCCAAUGGAGGGGCACAGACGUACCACCUUAAAGCCAGCUGUGAGGUGGAACGCCAGCGCUGGAUCACUGCCCUGGAACUGGCCAAAGCCAAGGCGGCCCGCAUGCAGGCUGAGUCAGAUGACUCAGGGGACGACUUCUCUCUGUCGUCCCCGCCGGUGGCUCCCGGCCAAGGCGGAGCGUCACAGAACUCAGAAGUCCAGUCUGCUCUCAGAACACUAGGCAGCAAAGUGGAAGAUCUCAGCACAUGCAACGACCUGAUCUCAAAGCACGGCUCUGCCCUCCAGAGGUCAUUAUCAGAACUGGACAGUUUGCGUCUGACCGGAGAGGCUGGGGAUAAGAUUCGUCAGGUGACAGAGAGGGCCACGCUGUUCCGCAUCACCUCUAACGCCAUGAUUAACGCGUGCCAAGACUUCCUCGCAUUGGCUCAGGCUCACAGCAAGCGGUGGCAGAAGGCCCUUCAAGCAGAACGGGACCAGCGGGUGAGGCUGGAGGAGACUUUAGAGCAACUUGCCAAGCAGCACAACCACCUGGAGCGAGCGUUCAGAGGAGCCGCACAGGCCAACGCUACUGCAGACAAUAAAAGUGCUGCCGGGCCUGGAAAAGGUGAGGCCAGUGAUGAGGACGACGACAAUGAGUUCUUUGAUGCCAUGGAAGAAGCGCCAGAAUUUAUCACUGUUCCCGCUGACCCCCAGUUCCACAAAAGAUCAAGCAGUAACGUCAGCGGUUUCAACAGUGAAAUGUGUCCUGAUGAUCAGUCGCUAAACGAGGAGCCCCUAGCGAUGAACCAGGAGUCUCCCUCCCAGGAGUUAGUGCCCUUGAAGAAGAGACGGACACGCAUUCCCGACAAACCCAACUACUCCCUCAACCUGUGGAGUAUCAUGAAGAACUGUAUUGGCAAAGAGCUGUCCAAGAUUCCAAUGCCUGUGAACUUCAACGAGCCCAUCUCCAUGCUGCAGCGGUUGUCUGAGGACCUGGAGUACCACGAGCUGCUGGACAAGGCCUCCAAGUGCCAGAGCUCGCUCGAGCAGAUGUGCUACGUGGCCGCGUUCUCCGUGUCCUCCUACUCGACCACCGUCCACCGCACGGGCAAGCCCUUCAACCCGCUGCUGGGAGAGACGUACGAGCUGGACCGCCGGAGAGAGAGCGGCUACCGCUCCCUCUGCGAGCAGGUGAGUCACCAUCCACCUGCAGCAGCGCAUCAUGUGAUUUCUGAUCGCGGCUGGACUCUGAGGCAGGAAAUCACGGUCGCCAGCAAGUUUAGAGGAAAAUACCUCUCCAUUAUGCCUUUAGGCACAAUUCACGCGAUCUUCGAGAAGGGAAACAAUCACUACACAUGGAAGAAGGUCACCACCACGGUGCACAACAUCAUCGUGGGCAAACUGUGGAUCGAUCAGUCGGGUGAGAUAGACGUAGUGAACCACACCACUGGAGACCGCUGCCACUUGAAGUUUGCUCCUUACAGCUACUUCUCCAGAGAUGUGGCCAGGAAGGUGACCGGUGUGGUGAUGGACAAGGACGGCAAGGCCCACUACGUGCUGUCGGGCACGUGGGACGAGAAGAUGGAGUUUUCCCGGGUGAUGCAGAGCAGCCGAGGGGGAGAGAACGGCACGGAGGGCAAACAGAAGACUGUCUAUCAAACCCUCAAAGCCAGAGAGGUGUGGAGGAGAAACCCGCUCCCCGAGGGAGCAGAAACCAUGUACUACUUCACCGCCUUGGCGCUGUCCCUAAACGAGCUGGAGGACGCCGUCGCGCCCACCGACAGCCGACGCCGACCCGACCAGCGCCUCAUGGAGGACGGCCGUUGGGAAGAGGCCAACGCCGAGAAACAGCGGCUGGAGGAGAAGCAGCGUAGCGUCCGGCGGGAGAGAGAGCGAGAAGCCGCCAGCCAACGCACCUCGAGCCAAUCAGAAGAAGCUGUCGAUGAGGACUCUCUUACUGAUCCCUCCUUAAAAAGUGCACCUCACGAGAACUACCAGGCACUUUGGUUCGAGCGCUGCGAGGACCGGAUCACAGGUGAGCAGGUCCAUAUCUAUAAGGGAGGCUACUGGGAAGCUAAAGAUCGCGGGAGCUGGGAGGGCUGUCCGGAUAUAUUUUGACCUCAGCAUUGACUGCAAAGCCCCCCUGUAGAGACUAAUCCAUCAAAGCCGCCUGGUGGGCAGCUACCGCAAAGGCCAGCUUGUCCCCCACCCCUACUCGCACCCCACCCAACUUGGAAGACUGCCUCCCUCCAGUGGCUCUCUGUUCUAAGAGAUCUCCAGGACGGUCACUGCUGUCUGAUCCAGAGGGGGAGCGGGGUUUUUCCUCUGGCCUCCUUCAUCCCAUUUUGGUUCGUGUGUCCUUGAGUCCUAUCGAUGCUGUCACACAUCUGACUGGAAUAAAAAAAACGUCUGUGCUGCUUUGACUCGGGGUCAGGCUGAGCAUAAGGUGGGAAGAAACGUAAUGGGCAGUGCUUCCAAAUCUACAGUAGAUCCUUUUUUUAGUCUCUCUGCUCACGUCUUGUUCGGUCUCUCAGAUCAGGAGCAGAAGAGGUCUCGUGCUGGUAACACCCUGUGCGAUAGUGUAGCUAUUGUCAUCCACAGCAUUGUGUGCUUUGGUAAUAACUCUAAAAGAAAAAAAAAGGGGGGGGGUAAGACCUGGUUAAUAUAUACAUUUCUAUAUAAAUAUGAUUAAAAAUAAUUUCAUUAAAACGUCGACUGGUGGCCUUCAAGAUGUUAGCGAAUAUUUCUUGUUUAUCUCUGAUUUAGUGUCUUAAUGUAAUGAAGUGAAGGUUCUAGUGUGCUUGUGUGUAUGACUGCGUAUCUGCUCUUCCAUCACUUUACAACGCUGCCUCAGUGCAGUAUACUGUGCUUAAUACUAAAAAAAAAACUUAAAAAAAAGAAAUAAUUGUCCAAAAUACUGGUUGAACCUCCAAACUGUCAUGUUGUAUAGUUUGUUUGUUUUUUUCCACCUUUCCGAAGCCCCGACAGAAAUUAUGACGAUCAAAGUUUUGUUUUAGAAAUGAGCAACCUGCUCUCAUUUGUAUUUACAUGACACCUGAGUGAGGAUAUGACGCUGACACGUGUGGCUGGUUUCUUCUUCAAAAGAUGAGAGCUGAGAAAGUCUCACGUUUUAUUCAGUCAACAAUUAUGACCCGUUUUCACAGGAUCGUAACGAGACAUUUUGCGGAUGAGUCAUGUGGCAGUAAAAAGCGGCGAGUAGUGAAAAGCGUUGGACGCUUUUUUUGCGUUGCGAGGAAAACACAGACAAAACGAGAAUAAACCAAUUCAAAGUCAAUUCAGCGGUGAAAAUAAAACGCCGCGCCCCUCGUGCAUCUGCUCAAGAGUUCAUACAUAUGCAAAUAUAUUUUGACACCAAAAACGUGAUAUGUGUGUGCGCGUGUAUGUGUGUGAAUUUCAUAAUUUUGUUUGUAAGUGUACUUAAAAAUGAAGAAUAAAGAAACAAAGAAGAAGCGUUGCAAAUAACUAUGAUUUUAUAAAUGUAUAGAAAUUCAUAUUAUAGUAUUGAUAAUUGUAAGGUAGUUUUUUUUUUUUCUUGUAAUUUUGGUUCCUCUCAUAUUAUUGGAAGAGGACUUUCUUCAUUUUCAGAAAAAAAAGGGAGUUUCCAUACCUAACUGAGGAGACGUGACAUUGUUCAGUAUUUUGUAUUAACAAAGAGAGAAAAAAAAGAAUCUAAUAAACAAAUGCUGUGA